GGAGGUUGUUGCAGCGGUCGUCGGCUCUGGUCUGCGGGUGUACUCUUACGCUCCUGAGACCUGACCCUUUCAGCGCUCCGCUUCCGCGCCAGCCUACCUCGCUCCUCGGCGCCAUGACCACCACCACCACCUUCAAGGGCGUCGACCCCAACAGCAGGAAUAGCUCCCGGGUUUUGCGGCCUCCGGGUGGUGGAUCCAAUUUUUCAUUAGGUUUUGAUGAACCAGCAGAACAACCUGUGAGGCGGAACAAAAUGGCCUCUAGCAUCUUUGGGACACCUGAGGAGAAUCCCCCUUCCUGGGCCAAGUCGGCAGGUGCCAAGUCUUGUGGUGGCCGGGAAGAUUCUGAGUCAUCCGGACCCCAGAGAAGGAACUCUUCCGAAGCGAACCCUGGAGACUUCUUAGAUCUGAAGGGAGAAGGCGAUGUUCAUGAAAACGUAGACACAGACCUGCAGGCCAGCCUGGGGCAGAGCGAGGAGAAGCCUGUGCCCGCUGCCCCUGUGCCCAGCCCAGUGGCACCGGCGCCCGUGCCGUCCCGGAGAAACCCCCCUGGUGGCAAGUCCAGCCUCGUCCUGGGUUAGCUCCGCCUGCCCUGAACUCUGUCGUGUCGUUUCUUUGUUUUCUCCAUGCUUGUGAACUGCACAACUUGAGCCUGACUGUACAUGUUUUGGAUUUGUUUCAUUAAAAAAGAAGCACUUUA